AUGCUCGUCGAAAUUCCAAUUCCACGUCCAACCUCCCUUCUCAUUUUCUUACUCUUUACCAUAUCUGUUGCGUUCGGUUUUACAAUGUGGCUCCAAAAACAAUCCAUCGCCUCCCUAGCCCAUCGCCUUGACCAGUCUCAGUGCCAAACCGAUAAUUGCAAGCGAUCUCGACCUCGCGACUCCUUCAGAAAACCGAAACCCUGGAACGAUCGAGACAAGCAAUCUUGCCCUUGCAACUUCCAGUCCAGGAGCCGUUAUAGCGGGCAAUACAGGCCUUACGACUUCUUCAGGCAGUCUCAGCCCUGGAACAAUUAUACCAAGCGAUCCAAUCCUUGCGGCUACUUCGGUCAGCCAUAUGGUAGACCUAAAGAACCAUUAUCUGUUUUGCUAAAUUUGCCGGCCUUGCGCUGGGGUAAAACAAACGAUGCCUUGGGAAACAUCGCCCGUUCCUUGGAUGUGAUUGCCUACCACAUGAACGAACGGACGCACCCUGACCUGCAACCAUCUCGUAAUCCCAGUUCGCCUCGGAUGACUCGACCGACGCAUUUUAGCGGGGAGCGCCUUAACUCGUACGUGGAUCCUACGGCAGGAACAGGGCCUGGCUGGGAACAUGUUCCCUAUCGUACAGGUCCGCCCAACUUUGAAAACGAAGGCAUCAACGACGAAGUAGAACACCAGCCUCGCUCUCCUAGCAUAGAAACCCCCCUCUCCGAUUCCGGAAUUAAUUCUCUAGACAUUGACUACACGUAUUCGGAUGACGAAGUCUAUGCCGCAACUGAAGCGAGAGCUCCGAGGGAUUUCGAUCGUGCGCGUAGCAUACACGAGGCCAACUUUCCACGGAGACUCCGGUAG